AUGGGAGAGUUGACAGGUUUGGAGAUGAGCCCCACAACAGCCGUGUCGCCAGCACACGUGAUGGUGUUCGUGUCUGAUCUGGAUACGCAGUCGUGUGUACAGUGGGAACAGCAGAGGGCUCAGCACGCAGCCCUGAGGACGGAGGCCAUCCACCCAGACUGCGCUCUGGUGGCGCAGCACAUGAAGGCGGAGGAAGACUGCAACCAGAUCCUCCAGCUGGACACCAACCGCUCUGCCAGGACUGGCUGUCCGACGGCGUGGGACAACAUUUGGUGCUGGUACCGAGCCGAGGUGGGACAGGUGGUCAGCGUCUCGUGUGCCAACGUCUCCCUGUUCUUUGCAAACAACCACGGUUACAUUUACAGGAACUGCACGGAGGACGGCUGGUCGGAUCUCUACCCGUCCUACGAGGAGGCCUGCGUGAUUCUGGAAGACGAAGAGCCAGAAUCAGAGACGAUAUACUUCUCCAACUUGAAGCAGGUGUACACGGCCGGCUACGCCACCUCCCUCAUCUCGCUUAUAUCGGCUAUUUUUGUCUUCACCGUCUUCAGGAAGUUUCACUGCACCAGAAACUACAUCCACAUGAACCUCUUCUUCUCCUUCAUCCUGAGAGCGAGCGCGGUCUUCAUCAAGGACGGUGUUCUUUUCUCAGAUGAAAACCUGGACCACUGCUUCAUGUCCACGACUUCUUGUAAAUCAGCCGUGGCCUUCUUCCAGUUCAGCAUCCUGGCCAACUAUUUCUGGCUGCUGGUGGAGGGGAUGUACCUGCAGACGCUGCUCGCGCUCACCUUCGUCUUCCAGAAGAAGUACUUCUGGUGGUACAUACUCAUCGGCUGGGGUCUCCCCGCGACCAUCAUAACAGCCUGGAUCCUCACCAGAAACUUCUACGACGACAGAGGGUGCUGGGAUGACACAGAUGUGGCCUUCAUCUGGUGGAUCAUAAAAGCUCCAAUAACUGUAUCGCUGCUGGUGAACUUCAUCAUCUUCAUCAACGUGAUCCGUAUCCUGGUCCAGAAGCUGAGGUCUCCUGGAGUCGGAGGCAACGACACCAGUCACUUCAAGCGGCUGGCCAAGUCCACGCUGCUGCUCAUCCCUCUGUUCGGGAUGCACUACAUGGUGUUCGCCUUCCUGCCAGAGAACACGGGAACAGACGCCCGCAUCUUCAUCGAGCUCGGCUUGGGAUCCUUCCAGGGAUUCGGAGUGGCGCUGCUGUACUGUUUCCUGAACGGAGAGGUGAGUUCACCUGACGCCGCAGACGCAGGAGACGAGGACGCGGGGGAGCUCAGACUCGUUGAGUCAGAGCAGAAGAGGUGGACGGACAGACGCCAGACCGCGGGGAGGAAUAAAGCCUGA